UCAGGGGCUGAUCUGUAAGCAGAGAGAGCAUAGGACUGCACCCACCCCAGACAACACCCUCCCUCCUUUCUUUUCCUGGCAGGUCUCAGCCGCGAUGCUCCUCGGAGGCUGGCUCCUGUUGGCCUUCAAUGCAAUUCUCCUCCUGUCCUGGCGCCUGGCCCCCAAAGGGCUCUGUCCAAGGAGGGGUAGUGGCCCAAUGCCCGGGGUGCAGGCAGCAGCAGCCACUGCCACCAUCAUGGGCCUGCGUUUCCCCAUCAGCUUGGCUUCCCCAUUCGCCAAGGAAGUCUGCUUAGCCUCCUCCGUGUACCACAGUGGUCAGUGCCAGCUGGGCUGGGGCUAUGUGACCGCCAUCCUCAACGCAGUCCUGGCCAGCCUCCUGCCCAUGAUCAGGUGGCCCCACACAACUGAGGUCCAGAGGAGGACCAUCCUCUUUUCCCGAGACACUGACAGCAUCAUCCUCGCACCAGAAAUGAGCAAAUAAAAAUAUCCCAGGAGAAGCAAAAAAGAGCCCACGCUAGAAUUGUAUGAAAUCACUAUGCACCCAGAUUCAAAUCCCACCUCUGCUGCUUCCUUGCUGUGUGACCUCAGGCCAGACACUUCACCUCUCUGGACCUCAGGGGAUGCUUCUGUGAAGUGGAGGGUGAAAUACCUUGUAGGGUUGUUAGGAAAAUUAACUUGAGAUGCUGUAUAUAUUGUAUGUAUGUAUUGU